CCAGUAUACGUCGGGCGGUGUUACAAACCGAGUGGGUUUCUGUCACCGGACACCUGUCAUUUUUGCGCGGGAAAGUGCACAGAUGAAAAUUUUCAUUUGACGUUUCGGAAAGAAUGUGAAAAAAGUUUAAAUAAAUAAUAGCGCACGUUCACGGUCUAAUUGAUUCGAUUAACAUAACUUCAAGGUUGUGCUUGUGUGAUAAUUUGUGUCUUUCAAUAAUAUUUAAAUUGAAAAAUAAAUAAUGAGUAAAGUAAAAAUGGCUUGGCAGCGAGAGGACGAUAAGAGUUGUUAUAUUAAUGAAGGAUUUGUUUUGUCGGAGAAGAAUGUUUGGAUACCAGGAAAGAGGGCAGAGGGCAACAACGGUGCAAUGGCUGAAGUUGGAGUGUCUCAAGCUGUAUUGGUGGAGCCAAGCGGCGGCGGUGGCCGCAAGCUCCCGCAAUACAUUGCUGCUUUAUCAGCCACGCUUGGUGCCUUGGCCGCCGGAUCCAUGCUGGGCUGGUCAUCACCAGUCAUCUUGAAGAUCACCCAAGACAACAGCACCGACUACGAUUUCAGUGUAUCCGAAUCCCAGGGCGAUUGGGUCUCGUCACUGAUCAAUCUCGGCGCUGCAGCUGUGUGCUUUCCGAUCGGACUCAUCAUGGACAUUUUGGGGAGGAAGAAGACCAUGCUGUUCCUCACAUUGCCGUUCACGUUGGGCUGGUUGUUGAUCACCUUCGCGACCAACGUCGGCAUGCUCAUGGCCGGGAGGUUCAUCACCGGCAUAGCUGGGGGGGCGUUCUGCGUCACAGCCCCGGCGUACACCAGUGAGAUUGCCCAAGACUCCAUUAGGGGCACGUUGGGCAGCUACUUCCAGUUGAUGAUCACAGUUGGUAUAUUGUUCGCGUACGCGGUCGGCAGUUAUACUAGCGUGUUCGUUUUUAAUAUUCUGUGUACGUUGAUACCGAUCGUGUUUGCUGUUAUUUUCUUCUUCAUGCCGGAGAGUCCAAAUUUCUUGGUCGUCAAGGGCAAACACGAUGAAGCGAGGGAGGCGUUGAUCAGAUUGCGCGGGAGGAAUUACGAUGUGGAUAGUGAAUUGAACAACUUGCAAACAAAGGCUGAAGAUGCGAAAAAUAAUCCAGUCUCCUUCCUUUCGGCGAUCACAAAGAAAACGGCGCUGAAAGCUGUUCUCAUUUGCUACGCUCUUAUGUUGUUCCAACAACUGUCUGGUAUCAAUGCGGUCAUCUUCAACACAUCGAAAAUUUUCACGAGCGCCGGAGCGGCUAUCGAGCCGGCCAUUGCUACGAUUAUCAUUGGUGUCAUCCAAGUGUUGGCGACGUUCGUAUCUAGUUUAGUCGUCGAUAAAUUGGGCAGGCGCAUUCUUCUGUUAUUCUCCGCUUUAGUAAUGUGCAUAUGUUCAACAGCUCUUGGGGUAUAUUUCUUCUUACAAGACACCCACGGUUCCAACUCUUCAAUAGUGGAGGCCAUAUCGUGGCUGCCUCUAUUAUCUCUGUCGCUUUUCAUUAUCGCGUUCUCACUCGGUUUUGGGCCCAUCCCAUGGAUGAUGGCCGGUGAGUUGUGUUUGAUUGACAUCAAAGCGUUCGUCGGUUCCACAGCAGGAACGUUCAACUGGCUGCUCAGUUUCACAGUCACUAGCACAUUCAAUUCUCUGAACAACGCUAUUGGCUCCGGUCAAGUAUUUUGGCUUUUCGCUGGCAUCAUGGUCAUUGGCUUUAUCUUCAUCUUCUUCGUUGUGCCAGAAACGAAAGGCAAGAGUGUCGACGAAAUACAAGUCAUGUUGGGCGCGGAGCCUCUAACUAUGUCUGCGGACGAAAAGAAAUAAAUCGAUAGAAAGACUGACAAAGUAUUUUUCUACAAAAUGGCGGGUAGUUCGCAAUUGGCUAUUUUUAGACGUCUUUGGUAACAUAGGUCUGCUUUCGUAAGCUACGGUUUAACCUUUCCAUUACCAAAGAUAUCCUCGUUUCGAUUUGUUAUUUCGUCGACACGUUAGCUUUAAGUUAUAGCUCUGUGAACUAGUUUUUAAUUAUUUUUAUUUAGUGUUUCGUAGCGAAGCUGAGUUGCUGUUGGACCGAAAAAGUAUCUGUAUAUUAAUGAUUUUUUAAUAUUUAUUUAUGAUUGGGGAUGAUUAAACUUCAACAAUAUUGAAGUUUUUUAAUUCACAUGAGUUUGAUAUUAUAACUAUUUAAGAUUAUUUUUAGUCAGUUAGUUUAAAAAUUGAUGCAGCUAAACGUCUCGUCAUAUCAGAAUGGAUGUAAAUAUUUUUUAUUUAUUAGUGAAUAAUCGUAAAAAAGUUCCGGUUCAUAUGUUUUUCAGCAAAACGUAAAUAAUAAAACGAAACUUUUAUACGAAUAGUAAAUUUAUUCACUUAUCAUUGCCAUACUUGUACUAACAUAUUUUAUAGAAAGAAUAUUGAACAUAUUGCCAUAUUUAUUAAAUGUUUUGUAUACAAUUUUGGCUGUUUUUUAAUUUAGUAAUAAAUGUUAAUCGUAGUAAGUGGAAAUGAUUGCGAAGUCGCGUACAAAAAAUGUACACUUGUUAAAUGCAUAGAUGAAAUUGUAUUUAUAAUAAUUAUGUUUAUCACGUCGACUUUCGAACGGUGCAUUUAAUAAAAAAUUGUUCCAAAAA